AUGUCGUCUACACUAUCCACCUCCAACACCAGCUCCACCCCCGAUCAGCCAGGCCGCUGGAUCGUCACCAAAUUCGGUACACCCGAAGUCCUCAAGUGGGAGUCCUGGGACCCCUCCUCCGAGCUUUCUGGCGACAAGGUCCUCAUCCGCAUUCUCGUCGCGGGCGUCGCAGGCACCGACAACAUCCAGCGCGCUGGCGGCUACCCUGCAGACGUGCGCGCGCACACGCCAGGCUUCACCACCGGCUACGAUCUCGUGGGCGAGGUCGUGGGGCUGGGCGAUGCAUUCGACUAUGUCAAGUCGCUUGGUAUUGAGCCUGUGGACCGCAAUGCUCCCGACUUGGCGGAGCAGGUGCGUCGGCUGACGAACGGAGAGGGUGUGGAUGUUGCGUACGACGGAGUGAGCAGCAAGGAAAGCGUGGACCAAUCCCUAGCAGCAACAAAAGCCGACACUGGUAAGGUCAUCAUCUUUGGUGUUAUGGGAAAUAUUGCUCCCGAUGGCAGCGGGGUGACGAGGUCUUCGCGAGAGAUGGUGGGAGAGCGAAUCCAACCGCCGCGCAUAACAUUCGGGUCCCUCGAUACCGAUUUCUACAAGAAGGCCGAGAUCGCAGAGUUUUUUGAGAUUGUGGACAAAGUUCGAAGUGGAAAGCUGGACCCGGUAAUCUUCAAACUGUUGCCAUUGAGCCAGGCGAAGGAAGCACACAAACUUCUUAUUUCAGGUGCUUCGGUCAAGGGAAAGAUGUUGAUUAUUGUUGAUGCGGCUCUCGCCGCUCAACAUGGUGUACAAAGCUGA